AUGCUCGGGGCUGGCGGAGCCGUGGGCGGGUUGGCGCUGCUGCUGCUGCCGCUGCUGCUGCCCCGGGCCGCCCGCGGGACCGGGGUGUGCGGGCUCUGCCCGGGGCCGCCGCGGAACGGCUCCAUCGUGUCCCGGUUCUGUGAGUCCCGGGGCAACACUGAGACCGAUGGGCGCUGCUGCCGGGAGCGGGCUCCGUCCCCAGGGCGGCUUCUGGGGCUGGACCUGAGCAACUGCUCCCUGCACACUGUCCCCCCGGGGCUGGCCGAGGCCACUGAUGCCAUUGUCCUGGACUUGACUGAGAACCCCAUGACAGCUCUCCCCAAUGGUUCCUUCCUGGGCUUCAUCCACCUGCAGAGCCUCGCGGUGCCGCUGACACUGGAGUGUCCAGGCGGGAGUGACGCCUGGCAGGACGUGACAGUGGAUGGGAGCAGCCGGCUGUGCCAGGGACAGAGGAACCCCUGCAACAGCUCUGUGGAACUCGCCUGGCCAUGCCCUGAAAACUCUGUGUGUGCCCCUGACGGACCCGGCUUCACCCAAUGCCUCUGUGACAAUCCCUUCCAUGGUUACAAGUGCCUGCGUGAGGGAACAUUCCCGAUGCUUCUCUUUGGAGGAAUCCUGGGCACUGCCACUGUGUCCCUAUCGCUGCUGCUGUGGGGCACCCAGCGGAGGAAGGCCAAGACCCCCUGAGCAGGGCAGGGGGCCGUGCCUGGGCUGUAAGCUCUGAGGCCUGGGAGGCUCUCGGGAUCAAUAAAG